UCUUGAUGUUCCUUUUAUUAAAAUGGCUAACUUCCUUCGAGUUGAAAAAGAAAAAAUAUUAGGAAAUUCUAUUAGCAUCAGAAAUCAGAUAAUAUUUAUAAGUAAUAAAAUGGACACUGCAGCAAUCAAUAAUAUGGACAAGGAUAUGUUGAAACUGCAAGUUCAGUUGUUGAAACCUCAGAUAGCCCUGGAACGAACAAUGCUCAGUGAGAAUAUUAAAGAGAUGAAGAUGUAUAUCGAGGAGAACGAGAAGAGUGACCCCCUGAUCCAUGCCCCAGACAAGAAGAACAACCCCUGGCUAGAGAAGAGAAACUGUGUACUCAUGUAAAUACCGGAUCGGAGAAGAAAGAAGAGGACAUGUGUGACCCAGCAUUUAUUUAUCUUUUAGUUUAUGUACUUUAUGUACAGCACUGUACAGUUCUCCCUCGAAAUAUUUGUAGAUAAUUAAAUACCAUUGAGCCAUGAAAUAACAAAUCUGUGUACUUUUUCCAACCACUGACAACACCCUCCCCCCUUGCUUGUUUUCCUUAUGUCAAUUCUUCUGCAAAUCCUGUUUUAACCUCUAUUUGAUGAGGCUUGAUUACAAGACAUUUUAUAAUAGAUUUGCAAUAAUCUACAAAAUUAUCUUUUAUGAAAUAUUUGUUUCUUAAAAUCAUUUAGAAAAAUAAAUUUGGUUUCAAAAUCUUGAA